AUGAAAGAAGCUUUCUACAUCGAAGCUUGUUCCCACACUUAUUGCUCCGAGUGUGUCGUAAUGUACAUUGAUUCAAAUCUGCAAAACAACAUCAGCAACAUCCGUUGUCCCUUUAUUGGUUGCACUGGUUUGUUGGAAAUCGAUAGUUGUCGUAGGAUUCUUCCGGCGGAGAUUUUCGAUCGGUGGGGGCAGGCGUCCUGCGAGGCGAUGUUUGAUGCUUCGGUGAAAGUAUAUUGCCCCUUUGCAGACUGUUCAGCUCUUUUGAUCAAAGACAGUAAAGAGGAGGUUCUUGGAAGAUCGAAAUGUCCAAAUUGUAAGAGGAUGUUGUGUGCAGAAUGUAAGGUUUCAUGGCAUGAAGGAAUGGAAUGCAGCGAGUUCGAGAAAAUGAAUGCUGACGAGAAAGAUGACGAAGGUGUUAUGUUGAUGAGCCUUGCCAAGGAUAUGGGGUGGAGGAGAUGCCCUAAUUGCAGAUUUUAUGUUGCCAGAUCUGAGGGUGUCGAUGUAGAUUUUGUUACAAAUGUGGAGAUAUUUUCUUGUCCAAAAUUUUUGAAGACUUGUGCAGUUGCUCCAAGCGGGGCCGGGCCGGCCCGUACGUUUCAACAAUUCCUCACUUCUGAAAGACUCGUUGCAAGAAUCGCAUAUCGUUUACGCUGCCAUUUGUAUUCACAACAUUAA